GCCGGAAUCUGCUGCAUCAUCUGUGGAGGCACAAGUUGAGACAGAGGCCCACCGGCUGCGCCCGCUGCAGCAGCCUUUGCCACGGCAGCCUGUGUCAGGCGUCGAUCCGCAGGAAUUGCGACAGCUUUCGCUACAGCAGCAGCAGCAGCAGCUCCUGAAGAUCAUGGAGCGGCAUGAGGAGGAGAUAAGGCGAAAGCGCAUGCAGCAGCGCGAGGAGCGGCGUCCCCCCAUGCGAGCCCAGGGCAUCUUGUCCAAGGAUACCCGGGGGCAGGACAUUGAAUCGUGUAUGUCGCCACAGCUUCAAGUCAUCCAAGCUCAGCAGCUGCAGCUGCUCGCAGCUCAACAGCAGCUGCUCCAGCAGAUGCAGCAGAAGUCCUUUCCGCCGUCUUUGCCAAGCUCUGCAAGCACUUGCUCGGCGCUGCCCUUCCCCGACUGUGGGCCUUCUGCCGAUCAGGACUUGACGGCCGCUUUGCCAGUCCGUGGCACAGCGGCAAACCCAGGGCAGUACCUGGUCUCACACGUCCCGUCUGAGCUGCACGAGAGUGCCCACAUGGCCCUCUACAUGGCAAGCCAAACGAUGCCAUCCAAUCCACAGACUUCGCUCACGAAGACGCUGGGCCAGGUACCCUUGGAUCGGCAAAUCUGCGUCGGAGCUCAAGGUGCUCUGGGAUCCCAGCAAGGAUCCAUGCAGGUGGUCCCUUACAUGAUGCUUCCGGUGCAGGCUUUUCCCAUGCCAGACCGGCCGUACCAGUGUUCAGCAGGCGCAGGCAUGGGCUCUGCGUGUGGGGCAUUGGCACUGAACGCAGAUGAAGUCUACACGGAUUGA